GCCCACUGGGUAGUUAAUGGGCCUUAUAUUUAUAACUUAAUGCUAUUAUCCACGUGUACGGUAAAGGUGCUCCAUUGUCGAGUGCGGUCUAUGGUGAGGCUAAUCACAUCAGAUCAUAUAACGUUAACACGGUAAACAGGUUGCUUGAGAAGACAUCAAUUCCAUUCGUUAAAACAUACGCGUCUUUAAUCCACGCGCCUCCGUGUGUGUGAUGGCUAAGCCUCCAACGUUACCGAUCUCAGACCAUUCCGGUGGUAGUGGUUCCCAGCCUCAGCAAACCGUCUCCGCACCGGCGUUUCGCACGUUUCUCUCUCGCCUCUCGUCGUCGAUCCGCCAAAGCCUAUCGCAGCGACGGCCGUGGUUAGAACUCGUUGAUCGGAGCGCGAUUUCGCGGCCAGAUUCUCUCACCGAUGCGUAUUCUCGGAUCCGGAGGAACCUACCUUACUUCAAGGUGAAUUACGUGACGAUCGUCUCCUUGGUGCUCGCGCUCUCGCUCCUCUCACAUCCUCUGUCUCUCCUCGUUCUCAUAUGCCUCUUCGGCUCCUGGAUCUUCCUCUACCUUUUCCGUCCGUCGGAUCAACCGGUGGUGAUUCUCGGCCGUACGUUCUCGGAUCGCGAAACGCUUGGAGUUUUGGUGAUUUUGACGAUCGUCGUCGUCUUCUUGACCAGCGUCGGAUCUCUAUUGACCUCUGCUUUGAUGAUCGGUUUGGGGAUUGUGUGUUUGCACGGCGCGUUUAGAGUUCCUGAGGAUCUUUUCUUGGAUGAUCAAGAACCUUCUAACACCGGAUUAUUGUCAUUCCUUAGCGGAGCUGCCACCUCAGCCGCAGUUGCCGCCGCAUCAACUCCUGUGUCAGGUCGUGUCUGAGUUAAGAGGACUCGUCCUCUGUAUACGAAAAGCUCAAUUUCUAUGAUUCUUUAUUCGUUUCUUUUAGAAAAAUUGCUUACGUUGGGAAUGUAGAAUUGAUCUUUUUGGUUUUAAGUUUAGGAAUUCAAGAUUUUGAUAUUUUUGACCUCUAUUGGUAAUUCAAACAUGUAAUUGAUUCAACAAUUCUUCACAUUACUCUUUA